AUGUUCAUCCGACCAAUGAUCAAGAGGCUUCACAAAUACAAACUGAUUGUUCCGAUGGCAAUCCACUGUAUCUCGAUGGCAAUUGUGAUGAUUUUAGUGUACUGUUCGGUGCCGAAUGAGGCGACACAAAAGCCGACGAGCAAUAUGAAUGUCUUGAUUACACCAAGGUUAGCAGGGGAAGGGGACUCCGCUAUCUCUCCAUCAUCAUCGGAUGCCUACUGGGCAGAUUUCACUAUCACUAUGACAAGAUCUGCCAUUUCUCAGAUUGCUGUACCAUAG